GAUGCCCGACGCACUAUUGUCGAACCCUGUAUAAUAUAAAUACCCAGAAAGGAAAUUUUACCUAAAUAUCGGGUUUAGUUCUGAAAUUAUUUGAAUAAAACCAAAAUAGAACUGAAACUUCUAUAACCAGUGCAGGCAGCAUCUUUCGUGAACGUAAGGUACCAAAUACUUAUACACAGCUCGGUACUGACCAAGACGAGCCGUCAGAUGCACCCAUCAGUGAAAGUACCGACAUACCACCGAAACGGUGAGCGGAUGGUCGGUCGAUGGUACCGUCGAUGGGGUUCCAUUAAAGAGUACGACGAUUCGCGCCCAAAACCCUCUCCAUGUUUGAUGAUCGCACUCUCUAUAUAUACACACCUCGCCAAGGGGUAGUACAUCAGUAGUUUUGUAGUCAUAGUUGUACACACAUAGUCAUGAAACCGUUUGUGAUAGCAGCAGUGCUACUAGCAAUCUGCUGCAGCUCAUAUGCAGGAGAGGCUAGCAAAAAAAGCAACGAAAAACGUGGUAUCUUGUCCACCAGCGUCGGAAACGGAUACGGAGGCGGUUCCCUUGGAGGUGGUAGCUACGGAGGGCAUGGCGGAAGCAGUUACGGUGGUAGCUAUGGAGGUUCUAUCUCGGGAGGUAGCUACGGAGGUCACGGUGGGAGUUCUCUAGGAAGCGGUAGCUAUGGAGGCGGCAGUUAUGGAGGCUCUAUCUCAGGAGGUAGCUACGGAGGACACGGAGGAAGCUCUUUGGGUGGAGGUAGCUACGGAGGCCACGGAAUCAGCUUAAGCAGCGGUAGUUAUGGAGGAGGAGGGGGUGGUUAUGGAGGAUCACUCGAAGGUGGCAGCUACGGAGGAUCUAUCGGAGGUCAUGGUGGUGGAGGUAGCUAUGGUUCUAUUAGUGGAGGUGACUUGGGUGGUCACGAAGGAAGUAUCUCCAUCGGAGGUGGUGAUUUAGAAAGUCAUGGAGGAUUUGGAGGUGGUCUUGAAGGAGGUUAUGAAGGAGGAUACGGAGGAGGUUCCGGAAGUGGAUUUGGAGGUGGAUAUGGCGGUGGAUCUGGAGGUGGAUUUGGAGGUGGAUUCGGAGGUGGAUUCGGGGGUGGAGCCGGAGGUGGUGGAGGUGGUGGUGCUACUAUAAAUACGAUCACUAGAACUGUACCUGUCCCAGUACCACAACCCUACCCAGUUACCGUGACCAGACCAGUACCAGUGCCUGUGGCUCAACCCGUUGCUGUACCUGUACCAAGACCAGUACAAGUAUCUGUACCAGUUCCACAACCCGUAACAGUGCCACGUCCAGUUCCAGUAACCGUACACCGUCCAGUUCCGGUUGCAGUACCAACGCCAGUACGAGUUCCAGUCCCACAACCCGUUCCAGUUUCAGUACCAGCACCGUACCCGGUCACCGUACCACAACCCGUACCAGUUAGAGUACCCCAAACGAUCGUAGUUCCUGUAGCCCAACCAAUCUACGUUGGCGGAGGUGGUGGAGGCGGCGCUGGAGGUAUUGGAGGAGGGUCUGGACUUGGUGGAGGCUACGGAGGAGGAUACGGAGGAGGUUACGGAGGUGGAUAUGGAGGUGGAUACGGAGGUGGCUCCAGCGGAGGCUUCGGAGGAGGACAUGGCGAUGAAAUUAGUGGAUCAAUCUCAAUUGGAUCGAGCUCAAUAGGUGGAGGUCACGGAUCGAGUUUAGGAGGUGGAUAUUCCGGUGGAUACUCUGGAGGUUUGUCAUCUUACGGAAAAGGUGGAUCAAGUAUAUCUUCGAUCAGUAUAGGAAGCAGUGGAGGUAGCGGUGGUUACUCCAAGUACUGAACAGAAAGAGCAUCGUUUUUCAUGUUGUAAAUAGGACUCAUCAUCUCUUCAUUCUUUGUAAAUGCAUCAAAACUACUGUUUUUUUCAUAGGUUGUGAUAAAGAGUAUUAUAUUAUAUUUCUUGUAAAUAAGGCACUGUGUAAGA